AACCCCCAUUCCGCCAAACGCUCGCGCGCCUCCCGUCAUCUAAAUGCAAAUCUGGCUCGUCGCACUUGAUCAUGAAAUCGUGCAAUUAGUACCAAUUUGGAUCACCUGCACAAAACACACCUUGACUCGCGCCGAGAGCAAAUCUCCUAGUUUCGUGGUCGCGCCACAACGGCCGGGUUUGCGACGAAAAUGUGUGCGAUUUUGUGAAAAAUGUUGACGGUUUUCUGGCUUAUACUUCUCCACCUUCUUGCACCAAUCAAAUGCCAGGAUUGCAUCCUCAAAACCCCCCACCACCUAACUUGCGUCACCCACUUGCCACACCUAGAAAAUGAAUUUCCCCCAAACAUCACAAUUCUUGAACUACGCGAUAUUGAACAAGAUGAGCUUGACCUCAACUACAUGAUCCACAAAUAUCCCCAAAUUGAAAACGUUUCGAUCUAUGACGGCAACAUCGUCAGGCUGAAAUCACCAAACCCCGCCAAUAAGAUAAAAGUUUUACGGUUGGUACGAAUCGGAGUGGAGAAUAUUGGAAACAAAUUCCUUGCAAAUUUCCCCAAUUUAGAAAUUUUGGACUUGCGGGAGAAUUUUUUACAAAGUUUAGGGAAUUUUUCGGUGGGCAAAUUGAAAGAAUUGUAUCUCGACGGUAACACUUGGAACUGCUCGCAGGACCUCAAUUGGGUCCUCAAACUCAACCAAACAAUAGUCAAGGACUUGAACAAUUUGACUUGUCAGGGGAAUCCCCACCCGAACAAGAAUCUAGUAACCAUAGCUCGCUUCACAAAGGAUUUGAAAAACAAUUGCCCCUCGAUAUGUUCGUGUACUUUACCCAAAGUCGUUUUCACGAAAAUGGGUUCCCAACGUUUGGAACCCCUCAUCGAAGUUAACUGUUCCCACCGUGGUCUCACUCACUUACCCCUCGACCUCCCCGCAAAAUCUCGCAUAAUCCACCUUGAAGGCAACGAAAUCGAAGACUUAAAACCCCUUAAACACCACCAAAUCUACCGAAAAGUCCUCGACUUGUACCUCGACAACAACAAAGUGAAAACGAUCGAAGAACUCGAAGGUUCCUAUUUUCUCAAACAUUUCCGGGUGUUUUCCCUCAGCGGAAACAAAUUGACAGAGGUGCCAACCUACGCACUUGACAAUGCCCUCACGCAAAACCCGCACAUGCCCAACGCUUUGACCAUUUCGUUGGGUGGAAACCCUUGGCGCUGCGACUGUGUUUUCACGCCAGUCUUCCAGGAAAUGCUGCAAAAAUUCGCACCACAAAUCCACGAUUUGAGGGAAGUCAAGUGUUCGUAUGUUGAAGGCGACGAAAAUUCGCUCCUACCGAUUAUCGAACUGAGCCGAAGUUCGGUCUGUAGAUCCCCGAGCGAAUAUUCCGUCCAGGCUUUAGAUCUUUUAAACGGCGUUCUAGCAAGUCUAAUUUUACUGAUUCUAGGAAAAUUGGCUUAUGAUUAUUAUUAUUUUAAAAAGACGGGGCGACUCCCCUGGAUUGUUACAAAAAUGCCUUAAUUUAUAGUGUUUUAAAUUAUUGUUGUAUCUAAUGAAUAAAUAAGACUUGGAAAAAAUCAUUUCACUUAUUUA